AUGUCUCUCAGGCCCGAUCGAUCCCCAAACGAGGAAACCACAGAAGAGCAGGCCCUUAUUAAGCCUGAUGAUGAUACAAAGCCGGGGAUCAAAUUUAAGAUCCGCGAAAUUGAGACCGACAUCGCUAAGCAGCAAGCACUAUUGACUCAGAUCCGCAAAAAACUUUCACAUUCGGAGUCUAAUAUCGCUAUGGAAAUGGAGCGUCUUGAGCGAAUGAGCGAGGGUGUUCGUCAAGCAACAGAGGAUUUUGUAGCUAUGCGACUGAGGUGCAGUGCAUUUCGUGAAAGGCUUGGGUUGAGGGCGAGAACCAACCCAGAAUUAGACAACAAGGGGGACAAUAGAGGAUCUUAG